AUGAGUUCUGGCACUGAGCUUCGACAAAGAACAGUUGAUAAUUUAGCAAUAAAUGCAAAAGAUAAUCGACACGUUUUAAAAAAUGACGAUAUAAAAAAAACAAAUAAUGUUGUCAUUGGAAAGACGCCAAGUGGAGAAGUUUUCAAAGUUCCACAAACUGCCGACAUGCUAACCUCUGUUUUCGAUCCUAAUUCUAAAAAAUCCGCGUUCGAUGUAAUGAUCUUGGCAAUCAUGGGUUUUCAGAUCGUGUUAUUUUUUGUUCUUCCAUCACAUAUCAAACAAGGGUUUUUCUUAUUCCUUUUCAUUUGUUGGAGAAUUGCAUACAACGUUGGACUGGGCACGUUAUUGAAAUACCAAAGUGAUAAACAUGGAUUAGUAUCGUGGAUCAAACGCCUAAAGAUUUUUGAUAAAAAAGAAGGUGGCAAGUGGUAUAGUUUCUUUAAAGAGGAAUUGAGUGUUAAAAUGGGUGAUGAUUAUAAAUUCGAUGAUGUUCCUUUAGAGUUUAACACGUGGCUACUCUUCCGUCAAUUAGUUGAUCUUAUUCUUUUGAAUGAUUUCACCACGUACAUCUGCUUUGCGCUUGCUAAUUUUAAUAUUCCUGAAAAUUCUGGCAUAAUUAUUAAUAUCCUGCGUUGGGUUGGUGGUUUAUCCUUGUUAUGGUUCAACAUUUGGGUAAAAAGAGAUGCUCAUCGCAUCGUCAAAGAUUACGCUUGGUAUUGGGGUGACUUCUUUUUCCUUGUUGACCAAUCAUUAACAUUUGAGGGUGUAUUUGAAUUGGCACCACAUCCAAUGUAUUCGGUCGGAUAUAUAGGUUAUUAUGGCAUAUCUUUGAUGAUGGCUAGCUACACUGUAUUGUUUGUAAGCUUGGCAGCUCAUGCUUUACAAUUUGCCUUUUUAUCGUUUGUCGAAAAUCCUCAUAUUGACAAAACAUAUAAUCCACCAACGCCUCUCAAUGCUAAACUAACAAAAUUGACCGUACCAAAUACUCAUGCAUCAAAUGAAUCCAUCCAGUCUUCUAUCCCUGAUUUGUCUCUUACAUUAAGCCAUCGCUUUCGACGUGAUCUUAUAGUUUUUAAGAAUUUUGAUCCUUUACGUUCGAGUGACCUUUUCGUCGUCAUCAUUAUAUUUUAUGCCAUUAUCAUCCCGUUAUUAAUUGCCGGAGCUGUUUUAUAUUAUCAAAGCAAGGAAAAGUUUUUAACAAAACAUUAUAUUAAAUUUGGUGGUACUGUUGGUGAUGCAUACUCUAACUGGAAGAGCAUAUAUAAUCUCUCUUUAUGCAUGACAUAUGCAACGUUUAUCUCUGCUGCUUGGAAGAUGUACUAUUUCCCUGAAGAUUGGACUUAUGGUAUGGUAUUGUUACGCCAUACUUUUGGUGCUUUGUUAAUAGCUUUACAUAUAUGGGCAUCGGUAUCCGAGUUUGAAGUUCUUGGUGAUUUUGGCUGGUUCUAUGGAGAUUUUUUCUUCGAUCAUCCCACAACAUUAUAUUAUAAUGGUAUUUAUCGAUUCUUUAACAACCCUGAGAAACUAAUGGGUCAAGCUGCAUUUUGGGGUAUCACCCUUAUGGCGAAUAGUUGGCUUAUUUUUGGCCUGGCAUUAUUUGCUCAAAUCUCAAAACUUUUGUUCUUGCGAUAUGUUGAGAGUCCUCAUAUGAAAAAAUUAUAUGGCAACAAAAUCCGGAAAGAAGCUGGUGUCAUUAAGACGAUAAAGCGUGCCAAAUUCCUUCGAGGAAAAUUUAGCGAGGAAAUUGUUCAUGAGAUUCAAGCAGUUGAACGAAUCGUUAAAGAAGUGGCUGAAAAAAUUAUGGAAGAAACAGCUGAAGUUGUUGGCGUAUUUGUUGAAGCUGCUAAACCGAAAUUAAAUGAAGUUGUAUCUGAAACUCAAUCUUUGCUUAAAAUAUUUAGGCUUUCAGGGAAUAGAUAUAUGAUUCGGUAA